GUUAUGGAGCGGAACCUUCUGUGUUUCAUCCUGUUCACCCUGUUUAGCUUUGUCAUAACUUCAUUUAUUGAUCACAAUGGUACCCACCACUACACUUACUGUGUGCUUGGAGCUGGACCUGCAGGUCUGCAGAUGGCACACUUUCUCUCCAAGGCAGGAAGAGACUACAUCGUCUUGGAGAGGAACUCUGGCCCGGGCAGCUUCUUUAACAAGUACCCCAGACACCGGAAGCUGAUUAGCAUUAACAAGAUCCACACAGGAAGGCGGAACCGAGAGUUUAACCUGCGUCAUGACUGGAACUCUCUGCUGAGCGAUAAACCCGACCUGCUGUUUAGGAGAGUGAGUGCGGAGUUUUACCCGCCGGCAGACGCCUUCCCCCUCUACCUGUCCAUGUUCGUGAAGGAGCUCGACCUGAGGGUACGGUAUGGCGUGGACAUCGGGAGGAUCAGGUCCGUGCAGUCGGCCUCGAGAAGGAGCUACAUCCUCACCGACCAGCAUGCUUCUGAGUACACAUGCAGCGUCCUUCUGGUGGCCACAGGGUUAUGGGUUCCUCAAAAGGUUCAGUUUAUCGGCUCUGAUCUUGUUGAGGGCUAUGAGUCCAUCUCCACCAACCCUGAGGACUACAGGGAUCAGGCUGUGCUCAUUCUGGGGAAGGGGAACUCUGCUUUUGAAACGGCCCAGAGCAUCUUGGGAAGUGCGAGCCUGGUACACAUGCUCAGUUCCAGUCCCGUUCGACUUGCCUGGCAGACGCAUUACGUUGGCGAUCUCAGAGCUGUAAAUAAUGAGCUAAUAGACACGUACCAGCUGAAAUCCCUCAGCGGACUGGUGGAGGCCCCCCUGGAGAAAAUAGUUAUUGCUGAGCGAAAGGAGCAGGGCAGGAGGAGACCUGAUGGAAAGAAGGAGGGGAGGGGAAAACUCUAUCUGACUUUAAAAAAGUACACACUAAACAAGAACGAUCCAAGCAGUGGUGAUGUGACACGAGAAGAGCUGCCCGGGUAUCACAUCGACAACUUCCCCAUGAGGAAACCCUACGACCGCGUGAUCCGAUGCCUCGGGUUCCGAUUCAACUUCAGCAUCUUCGACAGGUCUGCCUGUCCACCACGCAGUGAGAAUGCAAAGGGCCGGCUGCCUGAGGUGACGGCCUGGUACGAGGGGAGGAACAGCCCCGGGUUGUUUGUUCUUGGAACUGCUGCUCACUCCAGAGACUACCGAGCUUCUGCCGGUGGUUUCAUCCAUGGCUUCCGUUACACAGCCAGAGCUGUACAUCGAGUACUUGAACACCGUUACCAUGGCAACCGGUGGUUAUCAACCAGACUCCCGACAACCCAGUUGCUGUCAUGGAUUCUGAGGCGGGUCGGCGAGGCUUCUGGACCGUACCAAAUGUUUGAGCUGCUCGGGGAUGUAAUACUCCUAAGAGGCUCUCACUGUGAGUAUGUUGAGGAGUUCCUUGUUCAGGCCUUGCCCCACUUUACUUCGCUUUCUGGCCACGAGGUUUCCAGCCACGGACUGAUCGUGGUCGUCAUGCAGUAUGGGAAGAAGAAGAUCGACUAUCUUGGGCGCGGCAGAGCAGAGACAGACUGGACCCGAGCUUGGCAAUCCAACUUUCUUCACCCUGUUUUGUACUACUACAAAACCCUCCCGACCGAGGAAGAGAUGAAGAGGCGCCCCCAGGGCUGGCCUUUACCAAGACCUGAGGCCAUUCAUCACAUGGUUGAAGACUUCCUCACAGAGUGGGACGGUCCCAUGUCUCACGUCCAGCCACUGCGACGCUUCCUGGAGCAUUGCAUUCAAACUGACCUCAGAGCCUUCUAUGCAGAAUCCUGUUUCCACGCAGCCCUCACACAUCGUAAGCCGCCGCUCUUUUGUCAGCAGGGAUACUUGAACCAGCAAGGCGUCCCACGCAAUAAUCAGCUCUGGGAGCGAGUUCACAAUGCUGGACUAACGCCAGCUGAGCAGGGUGCAACCGGCACAACAGGGGCUAACUCAGCAUUCCCACACUACCUGGCUCCAGCUGGAGCAGCCGUGUCUUCAGGACUGAAACUUGAYUUCUGAAUGUUUGACCUUUUAAACUGGUGUGAUGCUGUUUGAGUUUCUCCAAAUUGCUACCUCCUGCGCCAAAAAUUGUUCUCUCAACAAGACCAAAUAUUUGAAACUAUUUCCAUAGAUCAGUGAUUUCCAGCCAGUUUUUAGCUAGUGCUGUUUUUUCUCACAGACCAUCCUCAGCUGGUGUAAAGGUUUACUGCUUGAUUACGUCAUCUAAAGACUUGUCUUUACUUCUUCUUUUUCAAGGUUUUACAUGGAAAAAAUGUCAGUCUCUGUGCAGAAAACAUUUUGUAUUUCCUUAUCUAUCAUUGAUUCUUUCAUCCCUCUAGCUUAUUAUAAGACUUACAGUAUUUAUGUUAAAACCUGCAGGUUGGAAAUUACUACUUAUUACUCAAAAGGCACUUUUCCCCUGAAAGCUCCUAUAUUCUUCACACAUUUAUAUUUACAACACUGUGUGUUAUAGAAAACUCUGUAGAUUGGGGCUGGGUUUUACAAAUUAUGAUGCAUUAUUCAUUUUUAUGUGAUUUAAAAAAAAAUAAACAUAUCUAUCUAAAAAAUAUUAAA